AUGAAGGAUAAGCCCAAGUACGAGCCGCCCCCUCGCCCGACCACCCGUGUCGGCCGCAAGAAGAGAAAGGCGGCUGGCACCAGCGCCGCUGCCAAGCUUCCUGCCAUCUACCCGACGAGUCGAUGCAAGCUUCGUCUCCUGCGAAUGCAGCGAACCCACGAUCACCUUAUCCUCGAAGAAGAAUACGUCGAGAACCAGGAGCGUCUGAGCAAGGCAAAGGCCGCAAAGGAGGGCAAUGCGGCGCCCGGACCCGAGGGUACCGAAGACAGGCUGGCUGACGAGCGUGGUCGUGUUGACGACAUGCGAGGCAGCCCGAUGGGUGUCGGUACGCUGGAGGAGAUGAUUGACGAUGACCACGCCAUUGUCAGCAGCACCACCGGGCCCGAGUACUACGUCAGCAUCAUGAGCUUUGUUGACAAGGACCUUCUCGAGCCCGGCACGAGUGUGCUCCUGCAUCACAAGAGCGUCAGCAUCGUCGGUGUCCUGACCGACGACACUGAUCCCCUUGUCAGCGUCAUGAAGCUUGACAAGGCCCCGACCGAGUCAUACGCCGAUAUUGGUGGCCUGGAAACACAGAUCCAGGAGGUCAGGGAGUCGGUCGAGCUGCCACUGCUGCAUCCAGAACUGUACGAGGAGAUGGAGCAUCAAGCCGCCCAAAAGGUGUCAUUCUCUAUGGUGCUCCAGGUACAGGAAAGACGCUUUCGGUCCAAGGCUGUUCCCACCCAGACAUCUGCCACUUUCCUGCGUAUCGUCGGCAGUGAGCUGAUUCAGAAGUACCUCGGUGACGGCCCCCGUCUCGUUGCCGCCGAAAACGCCCCCUCGAUUGUGUUCAUUGACGAAAUCGACGCCAUCGGUACCAAGCGAUACGACUCGACAUCGGGUGGUGAGCGUGAAAUUCAGCGAACCAUGUUGGAGCUUCUCAACCAGCUGGACGGUUUCGACGAUCGUGGUGACGUCAAGGUUCUCAUGGCGACGAACAAGAUUGAGACUCUCGACCCGGCCCUCAUCCGUCCCGGCCGUAUCGACCGAAAGAUUCUGUUUGAGAACCCCGACCAGAACACCAAGCGCAAGAUCUUCACCCUGCACACCUCCAAGAUGUCGCUCAACGACGAUGUGGACCUCGAGGAGUUCAUCUCGGCAAAGGACGACCUGUCGGGUGCCGACAUCAAGGCCAUCUGCUCCGAAGCUGGUCUGAUGGCUCUGCGUGAGCGUCGCAUGCGUGUGCAGAUGGCCGACUUCCGUUCGGCUAGGGAGAGAGUGCUGCGGACCAAGCAGGAGAGCGAGCCUGAGGGCCUGUACCUGUAG